CUUUUUUAUUUUUUAGAUUAUUUCUCUUUAUUCAGAAGCAUAAAGUUGUUUGCUGAAUGCAAGAAGAUGUUUCUUUGGCUCUUUCUGAUUUUGUCAGCCCUGGUUUCUUCGACAAAUGCAGAUUCUGACAUAUCAGUGGAAAUUUGCAAUGUUUGCUCCUGCGUGUCAGUUGAAAAUGUGCUCUAUGUCAACUGUGAGAAGGUUUCAGUCUACAGACCAAACCAGCUGAAACCACCUUGGUCUAAUUUUUAUCACCUCAAUUUCCAAAAUAAUUUCUUAAAUAUCCUCUAUCCAAAUACAUUUCUGAAUUUUUCACAUGCAGUCUCCUUGCAUCUGGGAAAUAAUAAACUGCAGAACAUUGAGGGAGGAGCCUUUCUUGGGCUCAGUGCAUUAAAGCAGUUGCACUUGAACAACAAUGAAUUAAAGAUUCUCCGAGCUGACACUUUCCUUGGCAUAGAGAACUUGGAGUAUCUCCAGGCUGACUACAAUUUAAUCAAGUAUAUUGAACGGGGAGCCUUCAAUAAGCUCCACAAACUGAAGGUUCUCAUUCUUAAUGACAAUCUGAUUUCGUUCCUUCCCGAUAACAUUUUCCGAUUUGCCUCUUUGACCCAUCUUGACAUACGAGGGAACAGAAUCCAGAAGCUCCCCUAUAUCGGAGUUCUGGAACACAUUGGCCGUGUCGUUGAAUUGCAACUGGAAGAUAACCCUUGGAACUGUAGCUGUGAUUUGUUGCCUUUAAAAGCUUGGCUGGAGAAUAUGCCAUAUAACAUUUACAUAGGGGAAGCUAUCUGUGAAACUCCCAGUGACUUAUAUGGAAGGCUCUUAAAAGAAACCAACAAACAAGAAUUAUGUCCCAUGGGUACAGGCAGUGAUUUUGAUGUACGCAUCUUGCCUCCAUCUCAACUGGAAAAUGGCUACACCACUCCCAACGGUCACACCACACAAACCUCCUUGCACAGAUUAGUGACCAAGCCACCGAAGACAACAAAUCCUUCCAAGAUCUCUGGAAUUGUGGCAGGCAAGUCGCUCUCUAACCGCAAUCUCAGUCAGAUUGUGUCUUAUCAAACAAGGGUGCCUCCUCUGACACCUUGCCCGGCACCGUGCUCUUGCAAAACACAUCCUUCAGAUUUGGGACUGAGCGUGAACUGCCAAGAAAAAAAUAUACAGUCCAUGUCUGAACUGAUACCAAAACCUUUAAAUGCCAAGAAGUUGCAUGUCAAUGGCAAUGGCAUUCAAGAUGUGGACAUUUCAGAUUUCACUGAAUUUGAAGGACUGGAUUUGCUCCAUCUGGGCAGCAAUCAGAUUACAAUGAUCAAGGGGGACGUAUUCCACAAUCUCACUAAUUUGCGCAGGCUGUACCUCAAUGGCAAUCAGAUAGAAAGACUCUAUCCAGAGAUAUUUUCAGGCCUUCAUAACCUGCAGUAUCUAUAUUUGGAAUACAAUUUGAUCAAGGAAAUUUUAGCAGGCACUUUUGACUCAAUGCCAAACUUGCAGUUACUAUACUUGAACAAUAACCUGUUAAAAAGCUUACCUGUUUACAUUUUUGCAGGAGCUCCCCUUGCCCGACUGAAUCUGAGGAACAACAAAUUCAUGUACCUACCUGUCAGUGGGGUGCUUGAUCAACUACAUUCUCUCACACAGAUUGACUUGGAGGGCAACCCAUGGGAUUGCACUUGUGACUUAGUGGCGUUAAAGCUGUGGCUGGAGAAGUUGAACGAAGGGAUUGUUGUGAAGGAGUUGAAAUGUGAGACGCCUGUGCAGUUUGCCAACAUCGAGCUGAAGUCCCUCAAAAAUGAAAUCUUAUGUCCCAAACUUUUAAACAAGCCAUCUGCUCCAUUCACAAGCCCUGCCCCUGCCAUUACCUUCAGCACACCAUUGGGUCCCUUUCGAAGUCCCCCUGGUGGUCCAGUGCCUCUGUCUAUUUUAAUCUUAAGUAUCUUAGUAGUCCUCAUUUUGACUGUGUUUGUUGCUUUUUGCCUGCUUGUCUUUGUGCUGCGACGCAACAAGAAACCUGCUGCGAAGCAUGAAGGCUUGGGAAAUCCCGAGUGUGGCUCUGUGCAGCUGCAGCUAAGGAAGCAUGACCACAAAGCCAACAAAAAAGACGGACUGAGCACAGAAGCAUUCAUUCCCCAAACCAUCGAACAGAUGAGCAAGAGCCACACCUGUGGCUUGAAGGAGUCGGAAACUGGCUUCAUGUUUUCAGAUCCGCCAGGACAGAAAGUCAUUAUGAGAAAUGCUACCGACAAGGAGAAAGAUUUAUUACACAUGGAUAGCAGGAAGAGACUGAGCACAAUUGAUGAGCUGGAUGAAUUAUUCCCUAGUAGAGAUUCUAAUGUGUUUAUUCAGAAUUUUCUUGAAAGCAAAAAGGAGUAUAAUAGCAUAGGUGUCAGUGGCUUUGAGAUCCGCUACCCAGAAAAGCAACAAGACAAAAAAUCCAAAAAGUCACUGAUAGGUGGCAACCACAGUAAAAUUGUUGUGGAGCAAAGGAAAAGCGAGUAUUUUGAACUGAAGGCAAAACUUCAGAGUUCCCCUGACUACCUACAGGUCCUUGAAGAGCAAACAGCUUUGAACAAGAUAUAGGUUAUGCAAUCUUACUUUGUGCAGAGGACAUUUAUUUAAUGAUGAAAGUGCCUUUUGUUGACUUCUAACUUCCAAAUAUCAUAUUAUCAAUAGGCAUAGAGGCAAGUGUUUCCAAGAGUGUCUCAUUAACUGUAGCUACAAAGAUGUGUCAACUAGAAGAGAAUUUCCUUAAUAGAUUUUGCUACAUAAAACCUAUACUGUGGAGUCCUGUGGGGAUACUGCAAACUCUAUUGCCAAAGGGAUGCUUUAUACACAUAAUAGACUGAAUUUAACCUCAAGAGGCAAGUCUGUUUUGUAUCCCAAAGCAAAACCUUCGUCUCUUCGUGCUUUGUAAAGCAAACUCAAGAAAACUGGUACCAGUGUUUGUACCUCAACUGGGUUCUUCAUCUUGCACGUAGACUAAGUUGGUGGAACUGGAAUAAUCCUUUUGAUUUGUGGCAUUGUAACAACUCUGUGUAAAGAUAAUCUGAAAAGUAAAAAAAAAAAAAAGCAUGCAAAGAGAGAACAUUCGAUAGUAUUUAUAAAUCGGUAAUCUUUAUGACCUGCAUCUUGAAAUCGCUGGAUUUAUAAUGUUCAAUUGUGCAAAUACUUGUUGAAAAUAUACCAUGCAUUACAUAACUAUAAAAUAAAUUUGAACACUUUAAGCAUUACCUGUCUAUACAUAAAGCCUAAAAGAAAAUAAUCAACGUGAGUUACAUAGCAUUUGUGGUGAUAAAAAAAAACGUGAUAUUUAUCAUAAUUAAACAUGGCUCAAAUUAUUACUAGAGUUUGUUCUCAGUUAUGUGAAAUACCCACAAUCCUAAAAGGUUGUCCAAAAUUAGUGAAGUGCUUACCAUGUGAGCGCACCCAAAGCUAUUUUUGUAACAUAAUUCAUAUUUAUGAAGUACUUUGUAUACUAAAUAGGAAAAUAUGUACUCCUUAAUAUGUAUUUAAUAUGCCUGACUUAUUUCCCUGAUCACAAUGAAUUUAUCAGUAAGUACAAAUUUGGACAGAAAACAGUACUAAAUGAAACUGAAACUGGUGUGUACAGAAAUAGUCUGGUCUUUGUGAUCAGGUGUAAUUUAAAAACAGAAAAAAACAUAAAAAUACAUAGAAACAACUAGUUCUGUGCUAUUCUUGUGGAUUUAGCAUAUUACCUUCAGAUUUGUUACCAAUUGUGCAUUCUAAAAUAGGUUCCUUAGUUUUAUAGUAUUGUGUCUGGGGCAAUUGUUACUUACCAUCAGUUGUCUUGCUUUUCAGGAUUCUAUGAGCUUAAUUCAAAUAGUUUUCACUACAAGUAUUUAAAAAAAUAGUGAGUAAUGUUAACAGUAUCUUGUAUGCAUCAGUAUCCUGUUCUUUCAUUAUUCUGACUACUAUCAGAUAAUCUAGUAGAACCGUAAACAUCAUGGUGAUCUUGGCUCUGAAAGCCACACUGUAAAAUGCUUACAUUGGUCUCAAAUGAGUCCACAGUCUGCAGUUACUAAUGAUAUGCCCCCGUGUUUGUGUGUGCUGUUAAGUCCAAGUGAAAAGUGGUCCAAGGAAUGAAUUGUUCGAUAAUGUGUGAAAUCCAAUGACUUAGGAGACCUUGACUAGCAAAAUGAUAAUCCUGAAACACAUUGCCUUC